AUGGCCAUAGAUAGGCUUACCCGUCAAGCAAAAAGGCCUAUUGGGUUUUGUGUAAAGACGACAGCAGUAGCAAUAAUGGGUCUUUGCUUUAUAUUUGUUUGGACUAUGUUUUCUACUUCUUCAACUUCAGUAACCACUCAAAGGGAGAGCUUUGAUGAUAUUGCUGAACCAGUAGCAGGAAAUACCCGGGUAAGAAGUCCUUAUUAUACGCAAUCUAAAGAGAAAGAAGAAGAAAAGCAUGAAUCAAGUAGAUUUGAAUCUGAUUUGGAAUUGAAGAAUGAUGAGAAAAAGAUUAAUGGGUCUGUUUCUGUGGCUGUUGAUGAGCAUGAAUCUAGGAGAACGGAUAAAAAGGAAGCUUCACAUGAGAAAAAAGAGAAAGAUGGUGCUAAAAAGUUGCCUAAUGAGGCGGCAAAAGAAAAUAAAGGGCAAGAGGAAUCUGGGAAUGAAGAAUCAGAGAAGGAGGAGGAGGGAGGAGAGGUAGUGGAGGGUAAAGAAGAUGCAAACGAUGGUGAAAGUACUGAAGGGAAUGGUGAUAUUGAAGGAGAUGGCGACUUGAUUGAAAAUGUUGAUCAAGAAUCUGUAGAGAAAGUGGAAGAUGAGAACGGUGGAUCGAAAAGUUCAGGGAAGAAGAGGAAAAUCAAGGGUCCUGUGUUUGAUCCAAAAGCACAUUAUAGCUGGAGAUUAUGUAGCACAAGAAGCAAGCAUAAUUAUAUGCCUUGCAUUGACAUUGAGAGUGGCACUGGAAGGUUGCAAAGUUACAGGCAUACUGAGAGAAGUUGCCCGAAAACACCUCCAAUGUGUCUUGUUCCUCUGCCUCGUGACGGCUAUGGAACGCCAGUGCAUUGGCCUGAAAGCAAAUUGAAGGUAUUGUAUAACAAUGUGGCACAUCCAAAACUUGCUUCAUUUAUUAAGAAAAACAGUUGGCUGGUCCAGUCUGGGGAAUAUCUUACCUUUCCUCAAAACCAGUCUGAAUUCAAGGGUGGAGUUGGGCACUACCUCGAAUCCAUUGAAGAGAUGGUGCCUGACAUUGAGUGGGGAAAGAAUAUUCGUGUGGUAUUGGAUAUUGGAUGUACAGAUUCAAGCUUUGUGGCGUCUCUACUUGAUAAGGAGGUAUUAACUUUAUCUCUUGGGCUGAAGGAUGAUCUAGUUGACCUCGCUCAGGUUGCUCUCGAGCGGGGUUUUCCGACAAUAGUCAGCCCUUUUGGGAGUAGAAGGCUUCCUUUCCCUAGUAGUGUUUUUGAUGCUAUUCACUGUAGCAGGUGCCGCAUUCCUUGGCAUUCCAAAGGGGGCAAACUUCUUCUUGAGAUGAAUAGGAUUUUAAGACCUGGUGGAUACUUUAUUUUGUCGACUAAACAUGACAAUAUUGAAGAGGAAGAAGCUAUGACCACUUUGACAGCAUCCGUCUGUUGGAACAUUUUGGCUCAUAAAACUGAUGAAGUGGGUGAAGUGGGUGUCAAAAUAUAUCAAAAGCCCGAAUCAAAUGAUAUAUAUAAGUUGAGGAGGAAGAAAAAUCCACCUCUGUGCAAGGAAAAUGAAAAUCCAGAUGUAGCCUGGUAUGUUCAUAUGAAGACUUGCUUACACUCUAUUCCGUCUUCAAUUGAACAACACGGGGCAGAGUGGCCUGAGGAAUGGCCUAAGAGGCUUGAAACUUACCCUGACUGGAUGAACAAUAAAGAAAAAUUGAUUGCUGAUACCAGCAACUGGAAAGCUAUUGUUGAGAAGUCUUAUCUCACAGGAAUGGGUAUUGACUGGUCAAAUGUCAGGAAUAUAAUGGACAUGAAAGCCAUCAAUGGGGGAUUUGCUGCUGCUCUCUCACAACAGAAGGUUUGGGUGAUGAAUGUGGUUCCCGUCCAUCUACCAGACACACUUCCUAUCAUAUACGAACGUGGGCUAGUUGGCGUCUAUCAUGAUUGGUGCGAGUCAUUCGGCACAUAUCCAAGAUCAUAUGAUCUUUUACAUGCUGAUCAUCUGUUUUCACGGCUUAAGAACAGGUGUAACAAGCCUGUAUCGAUUGUCGUUGAGAUGGAUCGUAUAUUACGACCAGGCGGCUGGGCAGUCGUACGAGAUAAGGUUGAGAUACUAGAUCCUCUAGAGGGAAUACUGAGAAGUUUACAGUGGGAGAUUCGCAUGACAUAUGCUCAGGAUAAAGAGGGUAUAUUAUGUGCUCAAAAAACCAUGUGGCGGCCUUAA